AUGUGCGACUUUGACGAAUUCGUCUUCACCUGUGGACACUCCACGUUCCGUCUCAAAGCCUACUGCCACCGCGCGCGCAACGACCCCUACAAGGAGUGGCACAAGCGGCGGCAGCGGCACAAGGAAUGCACAUGGGAAACGAGCAAGGGCAGCAAGGUCAGGGGCACCAGCAGGGGUAUCAAGAGCAGUAUCAGCAGUACUAGAGGUACGUGAAAUGGAUGAGGUGGCUAUUUGUGAGUAUCUAGUAAGGAGGUUGAAAGGGGGGGGG